UGUUCUUUCUCUCUCUAUUGGUGCUUUAAGCAAAUGCAUUUCUCUUUGCCAUUCCGUCGAAAGAUUCAGGCUUGAGCCGAGCAAUUCUUACAGUCAAAGAGGAUUUGUUUGCAUAGGAAGUUGGAUUUGCAUAAUUUAGGAAAGCUGAUGAGUAGAUUACCUCUGAUAAUCAGGAUCUGCUAAAAAUCAAGAACAGAAGGAGAGGGAGGGAGGGUAGAGAGAGAGAGAGAGAACAUAGGCGUUAUGUUCUUUAAAACCCUGAGGGUUUUGUGUGUGAAAUGCUAUAAAAGCUAUCAUUUUUAUCACAGCUCUCUCUGAGAAAUCAAUCUUCUCCAGCCACCUUAUCUCCUUUCCUCCCCUUUCCUCGUCCCUCUUGUCUCAUGUUCUCCUCUUGAAGAACCAGAGUUUUUUGGAGAUUCUGGAAGGGAUAACGUAGAGAGAGAGAGAGAGAGAGAGAGAGAGAGAGAGAGAGACAUGGAAGCUGUUCUCAAAACCAGAGGUCUCGUAUCUCUCCCACCAAACCCGAGAAGCAGGUUGUUCAAUCCAUCUCAAGGCCUAAAGCACCGAAUUUUGUCACUAAAGCCACAGGCGCUUCCUGGGUUUCCUUUAUCUUCAAAUGGGUUUCAUAGAUUUAGUGGCUCUAUCUCCAAACCCGGUGGAAUAUACCAGAAAAAUAGGAGCUUUCACGUUUGCAAGGCUGAAGCAGCUGCGGCAGCUGAGGGGCAGCCUUUGUUUGCUGAGCCUGAGAAGCCCAAGUUCUUGGGCAUUGAGGCUGUGACGCUCAAGAAGAUUAUCCCACUUGGGUUAAUGUUCUUUUGCAUAUUGUUCAAUUACACAAUCCUUAGGGACACCAAAGAUGUGUUGGUUGUCACAGCAAAAGGAAGCAGUGCAGAAAUCAUUCCGUUUCUUAAAACGUGGGUCAAUUUGCCUAUGGCGAUUGGUUUCAUGUUGUUGUACACGAAAUUGGCCAAUGUGAUGACAAAGCAGGCUCUCUUCUACUCUGUGAUUGUUCCUUUCAUUGCUUUCUUUGGGGCUUUUGGAUUUGUUCUUUAUCCUCUCAGUAGUUAUAUUCACCCUGAAGCUCUUGCGGACAAGCUUCUUGGAAUGCUUGGGCCGAGGUUUCUCGGUCCACUUGCCAUUAUGAGGAUAUGGAGCUUCUGCUUGUUCUACGUUAUGGCUGAGCUCUGGGGCAGCGUUGUGGUUUCGGUCCUCUUCUGGGGAUUUGCCAAUCAGAUAACUACUGUGGAAGAAGCCAAAAAGUUCUACCCUCUUUUUGGACUUGGAGCAAAUGUUGCUCUUAUUUUCUCAGGCCGGACAGUCAAAUACUUUUCCAAUAUGAGGAAGAGCUUAGGUCCUGGUGUUGAUGGUUGGGCUAUCUCCCUGAAAGCGAUGAUGAGUAUUGUGGUGGUAAUGGGGCUUGCUAUUUGCGGACUCUACUGGUGGGUAAAUACAUUUGUUCCUCUGCCAUCUCGUAGCAAGAAGAAGAAGGAAAAACCCAAGAUGGGAACCAUGGAGAGCUUGAAAUUCUUAGUGUCUUCAAGGUACAUCAGAGAUCUUGCCACAUUGGUUGUUGCAUAUGGUAUUAGCAUCAAUCUAGUUGAGGUUACAUGGAAAUCCAAGCUCAAAGCUCAGUUUCCUAGUCCGAAUGAGUAUUCUUCCUUCAUGGGCGAUUUCUCAACCGCAACUGGAAUAGCUACCUUCACGAUGAUGCUACUGAGUCAAUACGUAUUUGACAAAUACGGAUGGGGAGUCGCAGCCAAGAUCACACCAACCGUCCUGCUCGUGACAGGAGUCGCGUUCUUUUCUCUGAUUUUAUUUGGUGAUCCACUCUUACCAACUCUUGCGAAGUUUGGGGUGACUCCUCUUCUUGCUGCUGUAUACGUCGGUGCCAUGCAGAACAUUUUCAGCAAGAGCGCCAAGUACAGCUUAUUUGACCCCUGCAAGGAAAUGGCUUAUAUUCCUUUGGAUGAGGACACCAAGGUUAAAGGGAAAGCGGCCAUUGAUGUCGUGUGCAACCCGCUGGGGAAAUCCGGAGGUGCUCUGAUUCAGCAAUUCAUGAUCUUAACCUUCGGCUCUCUCGCCAAUUCGACUCCUUACCUUGGAGGAAUCCUUAUGGUGAUCGUGCUCGCGUGGUUGGCUGCGGCGAAGUCUCUCGAUUCCCAGUUCACCGCAUUACGUCAGGAGGAAGAACUCGAGAAGGAGCUGGAGAGAGCCGCAGUAAAGAUACCGGUCGUGGCUCAAGACGAGAGCGGGAAUGGUUCUCUGGCGAGCGAUUUAACGUUGAAACCCGCUGCAGGAGACUCCCCUGGCAAAUCGUCAUGAAUCUGUCGUACAUGUUUUUUGUACCAUUGAGUGAGAAAGAAUAAUCAUCAGGCCGAUGCCGAUGAGAAGCAGAGUCAGAACCAUAGACAUACCGACAUUUGUUUGAUUAAAAGGAGGAGAAGAACGCAAAGGUGUUUACUUAUCUGAGCAUUUUUUAAGUUCCUUUGGCAUCCUAGUGAUUAGGUGCUUGCUGAUGUAUGGACUUGUAUUAUUACAUUCAAUCCCAGUAUUUAUGAUUCUUCA